AUGAAGUUUGGCCGCAAUUUGCCCCAAUUCACGGUGCCCGAAUGGAGCGCCUCGUACAUCAAGUACAAGGCGCUGAAGAAACUGAUCAAGUCUGCGGCUGAGCAAGUCAAGGCGGGCCAAGAGGCGGAUCUGGCUGGUUUCUUCUAUUCCCUGGACCGAAAUGUCGAGGACGUUGAUUACUUCUACAACAAGAAAUAUGCCGAGUAUGCGCGUCGCUUGAAGCUGCUGGAGGAUCGAUAUGGCUAUUCGAUGGAGGGUCGCCAUCCGUUGGAACCCGAGGACCGGCAUGACCUCCGCGAGGCUCUCCUGGACUUGCGCUAUCACCUGCGACGCUUACAAUGGUAUGGAGAGGUCAAUCGCCGUGGAUUUGUUAAAAUCACCAAGAAAUUGGACAAAAAAAUCGGGGCUCAGGCCCAGAAGCGUUAUCUGGAGACCAAGGUGGACCCGGCUCCAUUUGCCUCGAAUGCGCGGGCGGUCAAGGCCCAGGAUCGUAUCAAUUCGUGGAUGGCGGUGAUUACGGAACAGUCCAAGGCGGAGGAGAAGCUGGCAGACGAUGCCAGUUCAACCCACUCUUCUUUGUCGCUCAAGCGCGGUCCUGCUCGGCCGUACUUGAACCUGCCCACGAGUGUCGUGACCGCAGUGGACGAUGCUUUGCGCAAGGAUGAUAUCCACGUUUUGCUUGAACUUCUCGAGACAUUGAAGGCUGCCGCCGAUGAGGCAGGUGAAGGACUUUUUCCCAAGGUGCUCAAGACUCUGAUCCAGCGAGCCAUCGUCCACCGUGCUCGGUUGUGUUUGUCUGCGCUUUUGCCGCGGGUCGACACUCUUGAGGAGGACGAUGAUAUCAACCGGCGCAACUGUUUGCACCGCCUGGUCAUCUCAAUGGGUCGAGUGCAAUCGACCGACGACUCUGAGGCCGCGGCUUCUCUGGUGCUAGAUUUCCCUCUAGAAACCAGCCGCUACAUCACUCCGGCGGCACCCCCGACUCUACAACCUCCGCGGUCUGUGAUCAAGGAGGCAAAUCUGCCUCAGCAGCUCGGCCGUGAGGAUCCAGCGGUGUCCCUCCUACAGCACCUGCUGGAUGGACUGCGGCCUAACCAGCGUGAAGCGUUGAUGGCCAAGGAUCUCUCUGGACGCACCCCGCUGCACUAUGCUGCCCAGUAUGGAUUCAAGGAUGUCUGCGAAUUGAUACUUGAGCAUCUCAAGGCUUGGGAUAUGUUUGAUGUGAGCGAGGGAAUUGACGGUGCUCUGUGGCAAGACAAUGACGGCUGGGCGCCGCUGCAUUUGAGUGUCGUUGGCGGCCACCCAAAGACUACCCGUUGUCUCCUGGAUGCUGAAAACUGGAAGGAAACUCACAGCCCUGGCGACCGGGUCCGCAAGCAGGUUUCCAAGUCCUCCGCCGUGCUCGCCCUUGCUACAAAAGCCAACUUUGUGGAUAUCGUUCAGCUGCUGGUGGAUGCUGGUGUCGACAUCAACUACCAGGACGAGCAGGGUGAGACUGCAUUGCACGUUGCAGCCCGCUUUGGCCAUGAUGAAUGUGCUCGGAUUCUCCUGGAGGGCACUGAGGAUCAAAAAGCCAAUACAGAACUCGCGGAAAACACUUAUGCGUGGACUCCGCUGUUUAUUGCCUGCGUCGACGGCUCCCUGAGCGUGACUAAGCUGCUUGUGGAAGCUGGAGCCGAUCUGGAGCGCUUUGAUUCCUCUGGCUGGACAGCAAAGGAACAUGCUGCCCUGCGAGGCCAUUUAGCUAUCGCUCGGUGUCUUGCUGAGGUCAGCCCCGGACCUCCCUCAACUGAGCCUGAACCAAUUCCUGUUCCCGUCGACCGGACUUCCCCACCGGCCUCGUCGCCGCCGGGCCAGUCAUCCUUGACGGAUCGGCGGUCGAAUACUCCCGGACCCUCUGGGAAUUAUGUACGUAGCGCAGAGCCUAUCAAGACUUUUGGACAUCGGUAUCUCACCGAUGAGACCAUGGUCUUGGUAAGUCUGGGCACCAUGGAUAUGAGAAAGCCCUUGGAGACGGUCAACCUGGAUCGUAUUCCCAUGGAGAAUGCGCACGCGACGCAGCUGGACACGGCUUUGUCUAUGGUGGUCACCGCCAGCGGUGCAUAUGGCGAGCCCGAAGUCAUUGACUUGCCCGUGCAAGACAAUAUUUCGACUGAGCCGAUUGUCUUCCACACGACCGAUGUGAGCAAGGUCCGUCUUCUCUUUGACCUAGUGCCGACCUACUCGGGAUCUAAGGAUCGGAUUGUUGGUCGAGGUGUCGCCCUUCUGUCCCGCAUCAAGCAAGAAGUGGGCUCCCAACGCAUCAACCUCAAGGGCGAUUCCACCAUUCCCAUUGUUGCUGCCAAUACCUUGGAAGUGAUUGGGUCAGUGACGUUUAACUUUCUCAUUAUUACCCCUUUCAAGCACCCAAACAUGUCGAUUACCGGCAACCAGACCUACUGGCGAUCCAUGAGCUCUACCAUGGUCAUCGGUCACCGUGGUCUGGGCAAGAACAUGGCUAGCCGUAGGUCUCUCCAGCUCGGUGAAAACACUGUCCAGUCGUUCAUCGCUGCGGCAAACUUGGGUGCUGCCUACGUCGAAUUUGACGUCCAGCUUACCAAGGACCAUGUCCCGGUCAUUUACCACGACUUCCUGGUCAGCGAGACGGGCAUCGACGCCCCCGUGCAUACUCUCACGCUUGACCAGUUCCUGGAGCUGGGUAAAGGCCGACACAGAAAUGUGCUGCCCCAAAGUGUGGACGUUCAUGGUGCAACUACUCUCAGCCCUCGUCAACGGUCCAUGUCCGUCGGCUACUCCGACUACGACCCUGCCGAAUUGACCGAGAGGAUCAAGCACACGCGUGAUUACAAGAAGAAAGGAUUCAAGGGCAACACCCGCGGCGAGCACAUCCAAGCGCCCUUUGCUACUUUGGAGGAGCUGUUUAAGAAGGUCCCGAACUCUGUAGGCUUCAACAUUGAACUGAAGUACCCCAUGCUCCACGAGAGCGAGGAGGAGGAGAUGGACACAUACGCCGUUGAAUUGAACUCGUUCGUCGACACCGUCCUCACCAAGGUCUACGACCUGGGCCGUGGCCGUGACGUGCUCUUCUCCAGUUUCAACCCGGACAUCUGCCUCCUUCUGUCCUUCAAGCAGCCUUCCAUCCCCGUUCUUUUCCUUACUGACGCCGGUGCGUCCCCUGUCGGUGAUAUCCGUGCCAGCAGUCUGCAGGAGGCUAUCCGAUUUGCCUCGCGGUGGCAUCUGCUCGGUAUUGUCACCCAGGCAGAGCCACUGGUCCUCUGCCCCCGUCUUGUGCGUAUCGUCAAGGAAUCUGGUCUCGUCUGUGUAUCCUACGGUACACUCAAUAAUGACGGCGCAAAUGUGGACUACCAAGUCGCCGAAGGCAUUGACGCUGUUAUUGUCGACUCCGUUCUUGGUAUUACCAACGGCCUGAUCCAGCGUCAGAACAAGGGGGAGCGCACACCCGGCCCCUCACCGAUCCCGGCGCCUGUCGCGGAUAAAGCCGCCAUCCGAGUACCGGUCCUGGAGCAGGUGAAGCCUAACAACACCGUUCCGAACCCGGACCCCGGUGCCAACAUUUAG